AUGGGUAAGAGAUUUCUGUUCACCUCCGAGUCCGUUGGCGAAGGCCACCCCGACAAGAUCUGCGACCAGGUGUCGGAUGCGAUCCUAGACGCGUGUCUGCGCGAGGACCCGCUGUCGAAGGUUGCGUGCGAGACGGCGGCGAAAACGGGGAUGAUCAUGGUGUUCGGAGAGAUCACGACGUCGGCACAGCUGGACUACCAGAAGAUUGUGCGUGAUACGGUCAAGCAGAUUGGGUACGACUCGUCGGAGAAGGGUUUUGACUACAAGACCUGCAACGUGCUGGUGGCCGUGGAGCAGCAGUCGCCAGACAUUGCACAGGGCCUGCACUACGAGAAGGCAUUGGAGGAGCUGGGCGCGGGCGACCAGGGCAUCAUGUUCGGGUACGCGACUGACGAGACGCCAGAGGGCCUGCCACUGACGAUCUUGUUGGCGCAUCGCCUGAACAUGGCGAUGGCGGACGCUCGCCGUGACGGGUCGCUGCCGUGGCUGAGACCGGACACCAAGACGCAGGUGACUGUCGAGUACGAGGAGGACAACGGGCGCUGGGUGCCACAGCGUAUCGACACUAUCGUCAUCUCCGCACAGCACGCGGACGACAUCUCGACCGAGGACCUGCGUUCCGCGUUGCGCGAUCGCAUCGUAGGCAAGGUCAUCCCUGCCGACAUGCUAGACGAAAACACCAAGUAUUACUUGCAGCCUUCGGGCCGCUUCGUGAUCGGUGGGCCACAAGGUGACGCAGGUCUGACCGGUAGAAAGAUCAUUGUUGACGCGUACGGCGGUGCCGCCGCGGUCGGUGGCGGUGCGUUCUCCGGAAAGGACUAUUCGAAGGUCGACCGUUCGGCUGCGUACGCUGCGCGCUGGGUCGCCAAGUCGCUGUUGGCCGCCGGCCUGUGCAAGCGUGUGCAGGUUGAGUUUGCCUACGCCAUUGGUAUUGCCGAGCCGCUGUCCAUCCACGUCGAGACUUACGGUACCAGCACCAAGUCCGACGACGAGCUGAUCGAGAUCAUCCGCAACAACUUCGACCUCAGACCAGGUGUUCUUGUCAAAGAGCUCGACCUCGCCAAGCCCAUCUACCUACCUACCGCCUCGUACGGGCACUUCACUAACCAGGAGUACUCGUGGGAGAAGCCCAAGCCUCUGCGCUUCUAA